AUGGUGGAACCGUGUGCCCCAACGCCUCUGGUACCUGAACCCGGGCUAUCUGUGCCUACAAGUUCAGAGCAAGGUCCAGGAACUCCUGGAACGGAGCCGCCGCCGCUUGCAGCCGAGGAUUCGAGUGACCUGUUGGAGCUUGAGCAGCUCGAGGCUACAGACCUGAACAGGUGGCAGGAGUUUGUCACCGAUCCCAAGAGGAAAGCGUGUGUUCUGGCGGCGCGCUCGCUACGCACACUCAACAAGUCAAAGCUGCUGAGAUACUACCUCAACGCAAUCGUUCAGCGCUUCACGUGCGCGAACUCGAAACCGAGCAUUGUCGACGUACACUGGCUUAUUCAUUUGACCAAUACCUUGGUGGAGAGAUGUGCGAGUCAGCUUUACUCUGAGGAGCCUGAGAACCAGGAUCAGCAUAUGCUCAACGCAAUGCGGCUGGCGAUACGGACGGUCUCAGGGGCAGGCGCUGCGGUCAUCCAGGCAUGGAUCCCAGCAAUGCGCUCAGGAACGAUGGCAUGUUUGUUGGCUUUGGGCGCUGCCCCUGACCGCCUCGCUGGGGCUCUGCUGGAUCGCGUUGUCCGCGAACCGUACCAGGAAUCCGAAUACGCUCUCGCUAUUGGGGCUCUGGCGAGAAACGCCCCGCGGGCGUUGCUCUUGCACGAAGCUCUGGUGCAGCGUAACCCCGCGGCAAUAGAUGCGAUUGUGUGCAUGCGGGAGCGACUGGCUAGUGCUGGAAACAGUACCGCUACGAUACAAGCGAAUGCUACAGCAGAGACAGGAUCUGACGAGCAGCUUUCGCAUUGUACAUGGCUGGAUGCGUUGACAAGGCUGGCGCGAAAUGAGUUUGCCCUGUACGCUCUGGGUCUGGACACACGCAUGACAGCAGAAGACGAAGAGCGCUUACGUCUCGACACUGUUGAGCGCAUCCGUGCAGCCUUUGAUUCCCCUGAUGUGUCGCUCCGAGCGAGUGCUGCUCUCGCGGCCGUGGAGGCGCUGCGCUCUGGCCAAGCACGUCAUCCUUCGGAACUCUCGAUUCCAACGUCUCUGAAACCGUUGCUGAUCGAGAUCAUCCGACGGACGAAACGCAAGCGGGACGAUGAGGUCUCCUGA